AUGUUCUUCAAACAAGCCAUCCUCAUCGCUACUGCUUUCGCAACUCUCGCGGUCGCCACUCCGACAAAGAUGACCCGUCGGACUGAGCCAGCCAGCUCGUGCUCUACUGGCUCUCUUGACUGCUGCAACAGCAGUGGAGAUGCUACCGACACGUCGAUCACUACGUUACUUGCCGGUAUUGGACUCCCUAUUGGGAGUGUCACUGGUCUAGUCGGUGUCACUUGCAGCCCUAUCACAGGCAUUGGCCUCGGUGGUUCAGGAUGCUCCUCCGAAGCGCUCUGCUGCAGCAACAACUCCUUCAAAGGACUCGUUGCUUUAGGAUGUGUCCCCGUCGACCUCAGCCUCUGA